UUUGUACUUCCCUUGAGAGUUUCUCCAUUUGUGUGAAACUUGAUAGGGAAUGCCUGGUUACUUCUUUCAAUCUUCUUUUCUCUUUUAAUUCUUUUAGUUUAAUAGGUAUAAUACAAUAAGACAAAUUAUCAGGCGAAUAUCAAUUUAAGGAUUAGAAAAAUGGAACGGUGUUUCUUCUUUAUUUUCUUGUUUAUCCACUCAGCUUUGGCACAGAAACAUGUAGAAGAUCCUUCCCAGAACCAGAAGUGGCUGACACUCAAUGGUGAUAGACCUUUAGUGAUAGCACGUGGUGGAUUUUCGGGUGUUUUUCCGGAGUCCAGUCAGUUUGCCUACCAAUUUGCUCUAUCAACAAGCAUAUCUGAUGUGGUUUUGUUUUGUGAUUUACAAUUAACAAAAGAUGGAAAUGGGAUAUGCCAGACAGAACUACGUCUUGACAAUUCAACAACUAUAUCUGCCUACUACCCCGAGGGGGAGAAAACUUACAAUGUGAAUGGAAAAAAUAUUAGUGGGUGGUUUGCAGUGGACUUUACAGUUGAGGAGUUAUUUAACAAUAUAACAUUGUCUCAGAAUGUCUACUCCAGAGCAAGUAUAUUUGAUGAGACUCUACCAAUAAUGACAGUUGAAGAUGUAACAGGACUUCGACCCCCCAAGUUCUGGUUGAAUGUUGAGUAUGACAUGUUCUAUGUUCAGCACAACUUGAAUGCAGAAGCCUACAUUGAGGAGGCUUUAAAACAUAUGCGUAUCGAUUACAUAUCAUCGCCUGAGAUUGGUUUCUUAAAGAACCUCAAUGGAAAGCUGAACACAGACACAACAAAGUUAAUAUUUCGGUUCUUAGAAGCAGAUGCAGUUGAACCCACAACAAAGCAAAAGUAUGGUUCAAUCUUGUCAAAUUUGCCUGAAAUCAAGACCUUUGCAUCUGGGAUUCUUGUUCCCAAGGAAUACAUUUGGCCUGUCAAUGCUCAAAAAUAUUUAGAGGCUCACACUAACCUAGUAACAGAUGCACAUAAGCAAGGAUUACUAGUAUUUGCUUGUACUUUCAAGAAUGAUGGGAUAGGAAGUUAUAACUACAGCUAUGAUCCCACAGCUGAGUACUUGCAGUUCGUCGACAAUCCUGAUUUCUCUGUUGAUGGGGUACUUACAGACUUCCCUCCUACUGCCUCGGAAGCCAUUGGUUGCCUGGCGCAUAACAACAAAACCAGACCUGACAAAGGUAAAGUUUUGGUCAUAACUCACAAUGGAGCUAGUGGAGUCUUUGCUCCCUGCACUGAUCUUGCUUAUCAGCAAGCAGUUGAUGAUGGAGCUGACAUAAUAGAUUGCUCAGUCCAAAUGACAAAGGAUGGAAUAGCAUUCUGCUCUGAAUCACCUGACCUAAUGGCUUAUACUACUGCAAUGACUACUUUUAUGUCUCGAACUUCCUCUGUCCCAGAAAUCCAACAACACAGUGGGAUAUUUUCAUUUGACCUCACUUGGAGCGAGAUUCAAAGCUUGAAACCUGACCUGCGAAGCCCAGUACCCAGUGUUUCCUUGCCAAGAAAUCCAGCAAACAAGAAUAAGGGUAAGUUCUUGACGCUACCUGAAUUCUUGGACUUUGCAAAGGCCAAGGCAGUUCCUGGAAUCAUGAUUGACAUAGAGAAUGCUCCCUACCUUGCAUCAAAGGGUUUUGACAUAGUGGAUAUCGUUGCCAGUGCCUUGAGAAAUGCCAGUUUUGACAAACAGGAAACCCAGGUUGUUAUGAUACAGUCAGAUGACAGUGCAGUGCUCUCAAAGUUCAAGGAUGUGCCCAGUUACCAAAAAGUCUUCCACAUUUAUGAGAUAAUCAGCAGUGUACCUAAGGAGACUGUGGAGGAAAUCAAGAAGUUUGCAGAUAUAGUCAAUCUCCCACGAAGCUCCUCUCUAGUUAUAUUAAAUUCCUUCACCGUGAAGUACACUGAUGUUGUUGACACGUUUCAACUUUCCAAUAUUUCUGUAUUCACUUCUGUAUUCAUGAAUGAAUUCCCAACUAUCGCAAUUGACAUGUUCUCAGAUCCAAUUGUGGAGUUGCAGACAUUUGUUGCAGGAUUUGGAAUAGAUGGGGUUGUAACUGAUUACCCAGCAACUGCAAGGGCAUAUUCGAGAAGUCCAUGUAUUGAUCUUAAUGCUAAUGUCCCUUACACCAUCUUCCCGGCUCAGCCUGGUGCUCUGCUUGCAUUGGCAUCACCAGAUGCACUACCACCUGUUGGUGCCCCAGCACCAUCACUUACUGUGGGAGAUGUCAUCGAUCCACCACUACCCCCUGUAGGAGAUGCCACCGCUGAUGGAGUUGGAUCUACUGGGCUAGCUCUUCCAAGUGAUCAGCCAACAAACAAUGUCAAUCUGAGUCUCUGUGUAGCAGCAAUUGUGGCACUCACUUUGAUGUUUUUGGGCCACUGACGUUGAUUCACAUGGAGUGGAAUUUGUAAUUUGUAUUGGUUCUAUACAUUAACUUCACCAUUUCUUAACUUCUUUCUCUAAUCCCAUUUGUACUUGUAGUAAUUAUCCAUGAUUAGCUUAAACUAGCUUUGCUGAA